CAUAUACCAUUACUCCCAACUACAUUAGUUUCUCAGACAACAAUGGCAGCAUUUAAUCGUGGAAAAUAUACAAUUCUCAGCAUUGACGGAGGAGGAGUGAGAGGCAUCAUCCCGGCCACCAUACUUGACUGUCUUGAAUCCGAACUCCAGAAACUCGAUGGUGAAGAUGCAAGGAUUGUAGACUACUUCGACUUUAUUGCCGGAACCAGCACGGGAGGCCUUAUCACAGCCAUGCUCACCAAACCAGAUGAACAAAACAAACCUCUUUUUGCAGCAAAUAAAAUCGUUGAAUUUUUUGUUGAAGAGGCUCCAAGAUUCUUCCCUCCACCCAAUCCUGCGGAGGAGCCAAGAAUGGGAGAAACGGACGGCAUCUUCUUGAAGACGUUUGGAAAGUGGAAGAGUAAGGCAGGAAACUUUUUGCAUGAGCGUUUUUUAUGGCUUAUGGGACCAAAGUUCGAUGGUGAUAACCUGCAUAACACGAUCAAGCGGACCAUUGGAGAAACAAAGAUUCGAGAUACCAUAACCAACAUUAUCAUUCCCAGUUGUGAUAUGAAGUACCUCCAUCCGGUCGUCUUCUCCACCAUGGAGGCAAAACGAGACAAGUCAAAGGAUGUUCUGCUAAGUGAUGUCUGCAUUGCUACAUCUGCAGCACCGUUCUAUCUCCCUCCUCACAAAUUUGAGCAGACUUGGGAGCAGGGCACAAGAAAAUAUGACCUAGUCGAUGGUGGUGUUGCAGCCAACAAUCCCACUUUGCUUGCAAUCAUUGAAAGUGCCAAGGAGAAGUCUGAUAAUAAAAGUGGGGCUGAGCGCCUGCAUAUUGAUAGUAGUAAGCUUCUGGUACUGUCCCUGGGAACUGGAUCUGCAAAGAAGGAUGCGAUGCUGGAAGUCGGAGAGCCCAAAACUUGGGGUAUCUGGAAAUGGUUCCUGCAUCCAAAAAGAAGCAGUAUCCCUUUAAUUGAUGUUCUUACGACUCCAAGUGUCAACAUGGUUGAAGUAUACCUGUCUGCUUUCUUCAAUGUCUCCGGCUCUGAUGACAAUUAUCUCCGGAUCCAGGAGGAUGGCUUGAAACCUGAUGAAAUUGAUAUGACUGAUUCAAGUCCUGAAAAUCUCAAAAAACUUGUGAAGGCUGGGACUGACCUCCUUGAAAAAACUGUCAGUGCACUGAACCUCGACACUGGCUGGUAUGUUGAACCAACUGACAUGACAUGCAAAUACAAAGACGCAAUUGCAGAAUUUGCCCGAAAACUGUCCUGUGAAAAAAAGAGGCGAGCAAAUACAUGAAAAUCGAACGUUCUGUUUUCGAUAACCCUCUUAAUUUGUGGUUUUAUAUCAUAGUACUUGAAGAUGAGAAUAAAGGUCGUCUCUUACCAAGAAAGGGAGAAAAUUUCACCUUGGAACAAAAAAUAAAUUAAAAUGUAUGCCUACUCGUAAAUAAAUUCAGCCAUUUAAGGACUUGCUGAACAAAUUUGGUGUAAGUUUCUGUUAAAAGUUUGUAAUGUGUUGUUAAUUCUCUUGUCUACAAGAAAGUAUGUGCGUGUGUGUAUAUAUAUAUGGAAUAAAAUGAGCCUGUUUCUUCUGGUUCUUGACA